AGCCCAGGCUAUUCCAAUCGACGCCAGCACGGUGUCAAAGGCCCAUCGGCUCUUCGCAACAUUUGUUUGGCAGUCGCCAAUGGAGAAAACACGGCGCACAAAUCUCUUUCUUAGCCUUCAGGCUGGGGGAUUCGCCUUGGUGCACGUGGCCCUCAAAGUAAAAAUAAGUCGGUUCCUUUUGUUUAGAGACUCGAGUGAUGCGAUCACGCGGUGUUCAUUCCAGAGUCUUGGGAGUGCGCACCUUAGCCAGUGGGUGGUUGGCACAUUGGAGCAACCGAAAGCAGCUAAGUGCCUCCGGUUCUACAAAGAAAUUGCGGAAGCAAUCAAAUUCUUUGAAUUGAGGUACUCAAUAAAGUAUCUCCAGCAAGUUAAAAAGAAAAAACUCUAUUGGGACACAGUCAGCAGCAUGUUUCCAGCUCCUUUGUACAGAAAUGGACUCGAAUCAUCAGCUGGAAAAGACGUCCUCAGGCGAUUGCGCAGCCUCCCUGUUUCUCCCAAAACCAAAAACUUCUUCAUUCGUUUUCACACAGAAACCCUGCCAGUGAAAACUUGGUUAGAAAACAAGGGCUUCUACCUUCCAAUUGGAACAAACUGC